AGUGUCACGUGCAGAAACCAAAACCCCAACCCUCUGUAUUUUACCGUCGUCUCUCUUCCUUUCAACCCUAUUCCUAGUUUGAGUUUCUCUGAUUUCUCAAUUCUUUUAUUUUACUCUUUUUUUGAGAUUUCUCGUUCAGAAAAUAAUCAAAUUCACUAACCUAAACACAUACGAAAUUCUGUGGCAAAAGAAAUUAUCAAAGGUUAAGAAUAUUCGAAGCUAUGUACAGUGGUGGGUUUGGAAUGAAGAAUAAACUGUCGAAUGUUUUGAGAUCAUCAUGCAACGGGCUGAAACGUAGGCAUCCUAUUGCUGUAUCUGAUGUGGCUUCCGCUCAAUAUUCAUCGUUGGCGACAGAAAGAUCAUUGGUGACUCGUCCUAUUGGUGGGAACUCUAUCCUAUGCAGAUGUGAGUGGGCCAGGAAACAUGCUCUGGUUUAUCGAUCAGCAUUUCAACUUUCCGCGAGUUCUGGACAGCAUAUAAGUCGUUCUUGCUAUGCUAGAACCUUUGCAUCCCAGCCUACAGAGUCAAACAAAUCAAAAGGAUCACAGACUCAAAAAGAGAUUUCCAACGUUGAGGACCCUUUUGAUUCUCCAACUUAUAAUAUCCCGGAGAAGCCAGUAACGUUCACGGAGGGAGCUUCUUAUGGUCUUAUAAUUCUUGCAGGCCUUGGCAUUGCUGGUGCCGCAGCGUAUGGGGUUUGUAAAGAACUUAUAUUUGAACCAAAAGAGUACAAGAUAUUCAACAAGGCUCUUGAAAGGGUUCAAAAUGACAGCCAAGUUAGGGUAAGAAUUGGAUCCCCUGUCACUGGCUAUGGAUCAGAAAGCAGGAACCGUGCUGCUCGUCAACGGGUUCCCCACAGGAUAUGGACUGAUGAUGAUGGCACCGAACAUGUUCUGGUUAAUUUCUUCAUUCGCGGACCACAUGGAGCCGGCAAAGUUAUGUCGGAGAUGUUCAAAGACAAGGUGGACAAGGAAUGGAAGUUCAUGUAUCUAAUUGUGGAACUCACUUCACCUUCCCCAACUCAACUCAUGCUCGAGUCUUACAUUCCAGCCUAAGAGCAUACCGGCUGAUCAAUUUCUAUUCGGCGUUUAGAUGCUUGGCCUCAACGCGAUCCCCGUCAGCUGAUCUCGAUGUUUUAAGUUUGUGUGAGAUGAUGGCGUGGACAUGAAGAAUUUGUCAGUUGGGCAGUGCUCGAAUCAUAUUUGGCAGCAUAUCGAUUCUUAGUUAUUUCCUACUUCCAUCUUGUUGAAUGUUAAUUUCGUGUUGCAUUGGAACGCUUCGAAAUUGAGUAUCUGUGGCCUAUGAACUAUGGUGGAUUGGUGGUACAUUGCCCACAUGUCCACAUGUAGGAGAAGAAAAUUUUGUUUAGAUAGCAAUAAUUUUGGUGCAUUGAUAAUAUUUUGAUUUUGAUCU